AUGGCUGUCGGGUCUUUAGCUGCCUGCAGAGGAAUUUUUAGAGACUUUCAGGAUAAUCAUAUUCUGAGUUUCAGUGCGUAUCUUGGUGAAGGCUCUCCGGUUACGGCUGAAUUCCUUGCUGUGAUCAUUGUGAUUGAAAAAGCUAAGCAGAUGAAGUGGAACAAACUGUGGAUAGAAACAGACUGUAAAUUGGUGGUGAAGGCUUUCUCAAAUGUUAACUUGGUGCCUUGGAAAAUCCAUUCUCGCUGGCUUAUGUGUUGGGCUUACACUCUUAUCAUUGAUUUUAGGAUCACUCACAUUUUCCGUGAAGCCAAUUUUUAUGCGGGUUUUCUGGCUAAUAUCGGCUUUAAGAGCAAAUCUUUUUCUUGGUUUAGUUAUGUGCAUAAGGAUAUCACUGAGGAUUACUUGUUAGACAAGAAUGGAACCCCUAGGCUUAGGCUUUGUGCUUAA